AUGAAUUAUUUAGUAACAGAAGGAUUUAAAGAAGCGGCAAUCAAGUUUCAGCAAGAAGCCGGCUUACAGGAGCCAGCACUCUGCAGUUCCCUGGAUGAGCGAAUAAUGAUCCGAGAAGCUGUCCAAAGUGGCCGUAUUCCAGAAGCCAUUGCAAUGGUCAAUGCACUCCAUCCAGAACUUCUGGAUAAUGACAGAUAUCUCUACUUCCAUUUGCAGCAACUUCAAUUGUUGGAGCUCAUCCGUGCGGGCCGCGCCGAGGAGGCGCUGUCAUUUGCGAGCGCAACGUUGGCGGAGGCAGGCGCGAGCGACCGGGCAGCGCUCGCCGAGCUGGAGCGUUCCUUGGCAUUACUCGCUUUCCCUGACCCGCACGCCUCGCCCUUCGCCGACCUUCUGUUGCCCGCGCACAGCCAAAAGAUUGCCAGUGAACUGAAUGCAGCAAUAUUGAAAAUGGAAAACCAAGAGUACACAAAUCCAAAGCUAUGCAGUCUCCUGAGGAUGAUCUUGUGGUCACAAAGUGAACUAGACAAACAUAAUGUCAAGUACCCAAAGAUGACAGAUUUAGCAAAUGCUACUAUAGAACAGCCAAAG